CACUCUUGCAAUUCCCCAUUCGCACAGGCCGAAACCCAAGAGCAGAGCAGAGCCAGCAGCUAGGAAAAUUAGAAGACGCACUCUGUCGGACGGACGGAGGUGAGAGAAGCUACCUAUCUAGGCAACAUCCAUGGCAGCAGCGGAGCCUGCAGAUGGAGGCAUGGAUCCAGCCUUGUACAAGGCCGCGACGUACGGGUGCGUGUGGAGCCUGCGGAAGCUGGUGGAGGCGGGCGACCUCAAGGCCCUCAACUCCAAGACGCCCCAGGGCAACACGGUGCUCCACGUCGCCUCCUCGCACGGCCACGCCAAGUUCGCCGGCGAGGUCCACAAACUGAACGAGGAGCUGAUCGUCGCGGAGAACGCCGACGGCGACACCCCGCUGCACUUGGCGGCCAAGAACGGCAGGCUGAAGGUGGCCGAGCUGAUGAUACGCCUCGCCCAGGCGCGCGCAGAGGACCCCGGCGCCGAUGGCAAGCUGCUCAAGACCCCCAUGACCAUGACGAACGGCGAGGGCAACACCCCGCUGCACGAGGCGGUGCGGCACCAGCACACCGACGUGGCGCUGAAGCUGCUGGUCGCGGACUCCAAGUGCGCCCACGAUCUCAACAAAAACAGCGAGUCGCCGCUGGACAUGGCCGCCCGCCAGGGACUCGUCCAGGUCGUCCGCAGGAUAGUGGACGUGCCCUGGGUACAAGACAAGGCCAGACAUCAGACCAUCGGCGUCACGGCUCUGCACCAGGCCGUGCUCGGAGGCCAUACCCAGAUCGUGGAGAUCAUGCUGGAGAAGCACCACGACCUGCUGGACCGGAGCGACUCGGGCGGCAACAACGCCCUGCACUACGCGGCGCAGAAGGACAACAAGCGAGUGGUGAAGAGGCUGCUCAGGGAGCGCACGGGGCUAGCCUACAAGCGCAACGACCAGAACCAGACCCCGCUGCACGUCGCGGCGCACCACGGGUCCACGAACGCCAUCCGGGCGCUGCUCCAGCAGUGCCCCGACGUUGCCGAGAUGUCCGACGCCGCCGGCCGCAACGCCUUCCACGCCGCCGUCGCCAGCGGCAAGACGGACGCGCUCCGGUGUCUGCUCCGCAACGUCCGCCCAGCGGAGCUGCCCAACCACGUCGACGGCGACGGCAACACGCCGCUGCUCCUCGCCGCCGAGAUGAGCCACGUCCAGUCGGCGCUGCUGCUGGUCUGGGACAGCCGCGUCAACCCCUGCAUCCGCAACAAGAAAGGCCACACGGCGCGCAGCUUUCUCGAGACCAGGUCUGCGCAGGACCGCGCCACGCACAGCGAGGUCAAGAUCAGAACGGUCGACGGUGGCGGCGGCGGCGGCGGCGGCGGCCAGGAGCCGCACACCCACCUCGAGAUCAGGUCCGUCGACGGCGAGAUGGACGCCUACGAGAUGUACCUAUGGAAGGAGCUAAAGCGCCACGAGUCCAAGAGGUGCCGCAACCAGCAGCUGCCGCCCGUCGGCUUCACCCUUGACCGCAGGACCAGCCACAAGUACUUCGAGCGCAGCGUCGAGACCUACAUCCUCGUGGCCACCCUCGUCGCCACUGUCACCUUCGCCGCAACCUUCACCAUGCCCGGCGGCUACGACCAGACCAAGGGGAUCGCGCUGCACGGCCACAACACCGCCUUCAAGAUCUUCGUCAUCUCAAACACCGUUGCCAUGUGCAGCGCCCUCAUCGUCGUCUGCUGCUUCAUCUGGGCCUGGAAAAACCCCAUCAAGUUCAUGGUCGACCAGCUCCUGUGGGGCCAUAGGCUCACCAUCGUCGCCUGUCUCGCCAUGCUCGUCUCGCUCAUGACCGCCGUCUACAUCACCGUAGCGCCCACGUCACGGUGGCCCGCCUAUGUCGUCAUCGCCAUUGGCAUGAGCACUCCGGCUGUCGUCGUCCUCAUUCUGGGCAAGGAAGUGAUUUUCGUGCCGCUAUAACUCUCUGCCAAGGAAGGCUACGGGCGAAGCUACAAAUUUUCGAUAUCAGAGUCGAUGUGUAGUAAUUUUGAUUUUCUAUACGGGUCAUUUGGUAUGAACAACAGUGAUUUAAAGGGGAUUUGCCGGUGGUCGUAGGGAUCGGCGGACCCCGACGGUUGGCUGCAGCUCCGCCUAGAAAGGCAAUAAGGCAGCUCAUAUAUGUGAUGGCUUGGCCUCAUUGUCUAACCCGGAUGAGGUUUGUUUACACUCCUUUCCGCAAUGUUUGGCGAGAGUGACCGAUGAUUGUAAUCCUAUUACUUCUUUAUAUAAUAUGUUGAAUCGUUAUUGAUCUUCUA